UAUAUGUUCUCGUAACAAGCUUCACUUUGACACCUCUCUCAGUCUUCUCCUUCGCCUAUUGGCCUCCUCCUCCUCCUCCUCCUCCUCCUCCUCACUUUUCCGCAUGGCUGGAGGGAUCCCGACGACAGCUAAUCUGGAUGGAAUGUGGUGGAUGGAAAGCAUGACAAACACUGUUUGGAGCAACUCAAAUUUCUAGCAUAGUUGGAAUUGGACUCGACGUUCGCAGAACACAUAGGUUUGGCCGUUCAGACUUAUGUUUAUUUGGGGCUUGGAGUUAACGAGAUGCAAACAUCACCUUUCUUCAAGAAUUAUGGAACUGGUCAGCAACAGACAUUCCAUUCUACUCUAGUACCUUGGAUGGUAAGAUCUCAACCUCCCUGUGGAGAACCUUUUUGCCUGAAGCCUGUAGGUGUGGACCAUAUCAAUGGAGAGGACCAGAUUCCGGCCAUCCCCGGACAGAUGAAUCACUUGGUAGAUACAAGGCAGGGACUUGAAAUCCCCCAGAAACGUGACCAGAGUCGGUCCUCACUAUUCCCAGCUGCGAAGGUCUCAGGAAGAGAGCAGAAGACUCAGCAAUAUUUUGUUCCCUUCUCUCUGCCACCAUCAUUACCAGAAAAUCCAGGUCAUUUCAAAGAGGGGCUUGGUCUGUCUAUGGUUUGUCCUAGUUACCCUUGUGCUGAUCAGUUUUAUGGCCUAUAUCCAACAUAUGGUGCUCAAAUGACGCAUGGUCGUAUGCUUUUGCCUAUCGAUAUGACUUCUGAAGGACCAGUUUUCGUAAAUGCAAAGCAAUUCAAUGCAAUUCUUCGUCGUCGCAGAGCUCGUGCUAAGGCAGAGAAAGAGAACAAAUUAAAGAGAGUUCGAAAGCCGUAUCUGCAUGAAUCACGUCACCUUCAUGCCAUGCGCCGGGCAAGAGGCUGCGGUGGUCGGUUUUUGAACACGAAAAAAGAAGGCAAUCUUCAGGGUAACAACAAUCCCAACCUCAAAGUGAAGGCUCCUCCACCUCCUGCAACUGCUGCAUCUCCAAGUUCAGAAAUCCUGCCGUCCGACAGCUUAAACCUCAACUCAGUAAGUGGCGGUUCCAAUACCACGGGAUCAGAGGUGAGCAGCGUGUACGCUCAGGAAGACGUCGACCGGUAUCACAUCCUCAGGCACCUACGCCCAGCCAUCUUCCAUUCUCUCUCAGACAUGAUAGACGGGGUGCAUGAGGGAGACACUGUCAUCCAUGGCAAGUGGGGCGGCACACCAGCAGAUGGCUGCUGUGGCCUCCUCAAGGUCUGACGGAAUUGAAAUGAUACCCGUGGUUCAUGCAACCAGAUCAUGCGGAGGUUGCUUUCUGAAGGCAAUUCAUUCUUGGCUUAUGAUUCUGCAUUAGGACUUCCGAGAAACCAUUUAACAAGUCCUCUUUGCUCCUUUAAAUUUGUAGAAACUGAUAAUAAUACUAUUGCAACUGAACCAGAAGUCUGAAGUAGUUAAAUUGUAGUUCGAGGUGUGUGCUUUUGCAGUUUGUUUACUUGCUUCAGCUGUGAAUCUGUGAAUCUGUUUGUUGUUCUACUGGUGUGUACAAACUGUUUAAGGUUGCAAAGAAAGUUGGUUUAAACUUUCUGUA